AUGACAUCAAAAUCGGCAUCGCCGGACUUUGAGACGAGGUCGGCAAUUGAAACUACACCAACUACACCAACCAAUUCUAGUGAUUCAAGUGAUUCAACCGCUGAAGCUGAAAAAGCCAAAACGAAAAUAUUUUUGGAAGUGAAGUGA